CUUCCAUGCGUAAGUGAGUGCGCGUGUUCUGAAAUAAUUCUAGGCAGAGCAAAGAGCGAGAGCAAGAACAAACGUUAUGGGCAGUAAUUUGAAGAACGCUGUGAUUGCUUUCCUUGCUCCACUUCCUUCAAUUCUCUUCUAUCUUUCUCUCCUUAACCAUUAUCAUACUAGCACUAAUGAUGAAACUGCUUUCUCUCCUUUAUGGAAAUGGUGCUUUGACCACCCUCUGCUACUGGUCAACGUCCUCUUCUUCUUCAACGUCAAUGUCCUUUUUUGGCUCAUCAGUCACAUCCAAAACAGCCACUGGAUGAUAGAUCUGUACUGGACUGUGAUACCAAUUUUGCUUGUUUACUAUUACGCGACAUACCCUUUUGCCCUAUAUAACUGGUGGAGGUCAAGAAUCGUGAUAACAAUAACAUGGUUGUGGGCGUUGAGGCUCACCCAUAAUUACUUUAGGCGGGAAAAGUGGCAAUGGGGUGCUAGAGAGGACUGGAGGUUCACUGAUAUGCGCGGUCAAUAUGGCAAUAAUUGGUGGUGGAUUUCCUUUUUCUCCGUAUACCUAUCACAGCAGGUAUUUCUAAUUGGAGUUUGUCUGCCAUUUUACGUUGUUCACUCGGUUGACAAGCCAUUGGAUGUCUGGGAUUUUGUUGGCAUUGCUGUCUGCUUAUGUGGUGUUGUCAUAGCUUACUUUGCUGAUACACAACUCCAUGAAUUUGUUACAAGAAACGAAAAAUUAAAAGAGCUUGGAAAGCCAAUAGUACCGAAUCUUGAUAGGGGCUUGUGGUGUUAUUCACGGCAUCCUAACUACUUUGGAGAACAGUUGUGGUGGUGGGGGCUCUGUAUUUUGUCAUGGAACCUGGGACAUGUAUGGACCUUCGUUGGGGCUCUCAUUAAUACUCUGUGCUUAGCAUAUGUUACUGUGCUUGUUGAGCAACGGAUGUUGAAACAAGAGUACAGAACUGAAGCAUACAGGCUGUAUCAAAAGACAACGUCAGUGUGGAUUCCUUGGUUCAAGUCGUCUGCUUUUGCAAAAAAAGAUAAGAACAAUUGAUUUGCUUUCUACUCAUAAAUUUUUAGUAGUUAUUGCUUGUCUGCAUUAUUAGUAUAAUCUAUUGUUGCUCAAUAGUUUUUCAAGUAUUUAGUUGUUUGUUUGAAAUUAUCUGCUUGUAGCCGCCGAAUUCACAACUCUAUCUAUAAAAAUUGUAUAAAUUCCUUUUUCAUUUUCUUUGAA